UGUGGAGACUUGCCCCGCGGCGCUGCCAUUUGGCCGGGGCGCCGCCGCCGGCCCCGCACAGCCCAGCUGGAGGACGGGGGGCAGCGGGCGUGCUGGGCCGCGACUCCACUCCCUCCUCCGUUCUCGCCGGCGCCUUCCCCGUCCCGCGCCGCCCCUCCCCCACGCGUGGCGGCGGCGCGCACCCCCGUCCCCGCGUGCACGCGCGGCGGGCGGGCGGGCGCCCGGCGCUCGGGCGUGUGCGAGGCGUGAGGUGGAGAUGGGGGCGGAGGGAGCCGGAGCUGUCACAGGCCCCGGGUCCGCCUGACCGAGCCAAGUGGGGUGUCAUGGCCGCGGGGGGCAGCGGCUGCACUUCCUCUGCGGGCGGAGGCGGCGGCGGCGGCCGGGGAGUUAAUCCUCGACGCUCGGGUCGGUCCCGUUUCCCUCUGUGCGGCGGCCGGCGGGACCAUAAGGGCUUAACUCAUAUAUUUAACCCCCCUCCAAAAAGAUUUGAAAGUAUUCUUGAAGGGCUGUUUGGACCUGCAUUAUUAAAAGAUCUCAGUUUAUUUAAAGACUGUGAACCUGAAAGCAUUUCUGAUUGGACCUUUGAUGAAAAUUGUCUGUUCUGUUGCUUGAGAAGAGAUAAAGUAAAGGGACACUUAGUCGGUCUGGAUGAACCAGCUUCGGGAGCUGGGCAAGAAGCUCUGCUUAAACAAGAGCAAGCAAAAAUCAUUCGAUUCGAGAGACAAGCAGAAGAGUUCCUCAAUGCAGUCUUUUAUAGAAAAGACAGUCCCUGGGUCUCCGACCCCAAUAUUCCCCUAGUGGCCCGUGAGAUCAUGCAGCGAAUGAUCCAACAAUUUGCUGCUGAAUAUACCUCAAAAAAUAGCUCUACUCAGGACCCCAGCCAGCCCAAUAGCACAAAGAACCAAAGCCUGCCGAAAGCAUCUCCAGUCACCACCUCUCCCACGGCUGCAACUACUCAGAACCCUGUGCUCAGCAAACUUCUCAUGGCUGACCAAGACUCACCUCUGGACCUUACUGUCAGAAAGUCUCAGUCAGAACAUAGCGAACAAGACGGUGUACUUGAUCUAUCCACUAAGAAAAGUCCAUGUGCUGGCAGCACUUCCCUGAGCCAUUCUCCAGGCUGCUCCAGUACUCAAGGGAACGGGCGACCUGGGAGACCCAGCCAGUACCGCCCGGACGGACUUCGGAGUGGUGAUGGGGUACCUCCAAGAAGCUUACAGGAUGGAACCAGGGAAGGUUUUGGACACUCCACAUCACUCAAAGUUCCAUUGGCUCGAUCCCUGCAGAUUAGUGAAGAACUACUGAGCAGAAACCAAUUGUCCACAGCUGCCAGCCUUGGACCAUCUGGAUUACAGAAUCAUGGACAACACUUAAUAUUAUCCAGGGAAGCCUCUUGGGCAAAACCACAUUAUGAGUUCAACCUCAGUCGUAUGAAGUUCAGGGGAAAUGGUGCACUCAGCAACAUCAGUGACCUUCCUUUUCUUGCAGAAAACUCUGCCUUUCCAAAAAUGGCACUUCAAGCAAAACAAGAUGGAAAAAAGGAUGCGAGCCAUUCAUCUCCUGUAGAUUUAAAGAUACCACAAGUUCGAGGAAUGGAUCUUUCUUGGGAGUCUCGCACUGGUGAUCAGUACAGCUAUAGCUCUUUGGUAAUGGGUUCACAAACGGAGAGCGCGCUUAGUAAAAAAUUAAGGGCUAUUCUUCCAAAACAAAAUAGGAAAAGCACGUUAGAUGCUGGACCCGAUUCUUGGGGCUCAGAUGCUGAGCAGUCUACCUCUGGACAGCCAUAUCCCACAUCGGAUCAAGAAGGAGACCCUGGCUCCAAGCAGCCUCGGAAGAAAAGAGGGCGUUACAGACAGUACAACAGUGAGAUACUGGAGGAAGCAAUCUCAGUGGUUAUGAGUGGAAAAAUGAGUGUUUCCAAAGCUCAGAGUAUUUAUGGGAUUCCCCACAGUACACUGGAGUACAAAGUAAAAGAGAGGCUGGGCACUUUGAAAAACCCUCCAAAGAAAAAGAUGAAAUUAAUGAGGUCGGAGGGGCCAGAUGUUUCUGUAAAGAUUGAAUUAGAUCCCCAGGGAGAGGCAGCACAAAGUGCAAAUGAAUCAAAAAACGAUUAGGAAUACUAUAGAGUGCCAAUUACUGUACAAACUGGGUGAGCACUACUGCAUUGUUCAACUAUCAUUGCUUGCACCUAACUUCACUUACUGUGACACUUGUUUCUUUGCAUAUUUUGCAUUGACUUGUGUGUACAGAGGUGAAAGGUGCAUUCUGAAUGUUGCAUAUUUUAAAAUUUUCAUGUGCAGUAUGGCUCGGGAUAUUGUUUGGCCUUUUGCAUGUUUCUCUACAAAAGAGAAUUGAGUUACCUCACAGAGAACAGAUACAUGGAAGUGGACUCCUUGCCUGUAGAGCCUGCAUGCUUUUCUUUCUUUCUUUUUUUUCUUAAGUUAUAUUUGCCUUUAUUUAUUAAAAAAAAAGGCCCCCUUUUAGAAACCACCUCUGUCAUACUGGGAGCUUUAUCAUUACAAAUUGGAAAGCCAUCUUAUAAAAUUAUUCAUGUUUUUUCUUCUACGAUUAAACUAAAUGAAGGAUUAAACUAAAGAAAAAACUCUUAAGAACAAUGAACCUUUAAGAAAUUUGGUUAUUCAGUGAUAAAUAAUUAUUUGGGUCAACUUACAUUCUAUGAUUUUCUUCUCACUAUUAAAUUUGCUUAACAAAUUAGCAGUCUAUUUAGUGCUCACCCAGAGGGGAAGGAGGUGGAAAAUGUGCACACACUACCUUCAGAAAUGUUUCGGUUAAUUACUUUGUAACACUACCUUUGCUGUAAUUUCAUUUGGGAUUUUCUAAGGGUAGAAUUUGGUCUCACCAACAUGUGAGGAUGUAGCCUUAUCUCAUGGAGGACGAGCUCCGUUCUUAACUCAGGAGCGGUCAGGGUACAUUACAUAAAACAAUAGAGGAUGCCUCAUUUUAGCAAACUAAGUUUCUUUGUAUUCUUAAAUCCUUUUACAGAUUUGAUCAUGUGCUAAUUAAUGACUGAAUACCACUAGUUUAAAAUAUUCAAGAUCUGUUUAUUGGGGAAUGGGAGAAAUGUGUAUAAGUAAUUAUAAUAUUACAAAAGUGGUAUCUAGAUUUUACAGCCUCAGUAGUCUGCCCAAAUAUCCACAUGAACGAAGGAUCCAUGUUUGUGGUGAGAGAAAAAAAAACCACCUCAAGGUAACCUAGUAUGAUUUAGGUUGCAUUUCAGUUCUAACAAUAAUUCAAUCAGAAAUCAAGCUCAUCAGAGUUUCUUUUUUAACCAAUCCAGAUACUAGUACGAGGAGGGAGGGGUCGGUUUUUAGUUUUUAUUUAAUGUGUAGCUUUGAAAUUUUUUUUUCUUUUUUUGGCAUCCUACAUAAUAUCCCCUUCUUCACUUUUUCUGAUUUUUAUGGUUGUUUAGCACACAGUUCAGGACGUUUCAGCUCAUGUUUGUACAAACGCUCCUUGAAGAAUAUCUAAGCUUUUUUUUGAGAUGGGUUUUUAAAAUUAUAGUAAUUAAGUUUGGAACGUUUAUUUUCUACACUUUUUUGCAAGAAUAAAGCCCAUGAAAUUUAAUUUUGCAUUGUGACCAAAUUAAAAUUACUGUUUGUGCAAAACAAAAUCCACACCACAUACACCCUGUAUAUUCUAAUCUGCUGAGAAAGGUGGUCACGCCCUUCUAAAUGCUUAACCAAAAACAAACCAAAAACAUCAUUGGAGUUUUUGUAUAAAAUAAAAUCAAACUUGGAGUGUUAGUUAAAUCGAGGCUGAUGGUUAACAGUUUGAAGAGAAGUAGGUCCAGAUAUUCCCAAGGCAUAUAUUCAUUCUUGCCUGAAAACUUUGGAGCAGUUAAUUAGGCUAAGGAUACUUUUCCCUCAGCAACCUAUGUGUUCAAAGGUUAGGCACACCAUUGCUGUUAUUAAAAUACAUGCACUGCUCAUUCUUGACCUAGCCUGGGCUUGGGUUCCUCUUUUGGUUUGGUUAUUUUGUGUAGCAGUGUAAUCAGUGGCUGACUGAGCCUGUUUCCUCUUAGCUUUCUAGUCUUCUCGACAGAAAAAACAGUUUGGGUUCAGAGUAUAUGAUUCUGCAAUAUUUUCUAGCCUAGCUGGAAGUUGCAGUAAAAAUACUUUAUGAAAUGUAUGGUUUUCAUCUGCAGUUGAAGGAAGUUGUAGAAAGUUUGCUGAAAGCAAAAGGCUAAGCUUAUGAAGGAAUGCCUCCUUUGUUCCACACUCAGUAAUUUGUCACACACAAUUAAUUGCAGUCAUGGUACCUUUUUGCAUGAUAUUUGGGGUAUUAAGUGGCCCAAGAUUACUGCAAAAACGUCCUUUGAGCAAUUAAUUUGUGCUUGCUUUUAUCCCCUCUCAGAAAGGCAUCAUUUAAAGGCCCAUUUAAAAAUCUGGCCCUAAAAGUCCAGCUUUUGUAGAGUUUUACUAUUCAGAGAGGUUUAAUCCUAUGUGGUAGUCUAUAAAGUGAUGUAUGAGUUGAGUUAUGUAAAUUUUGUCAUUGUAGUGUACAUGGAGUGAUCAUUUUACUAACAUAAAUAUUUUCUAUGUGUGUUUCAGUGGAUGACAAUCGAGCAGCAGAAGAAUGGUGUGCCUACCCUUUAAUGCUGCAGUUUAAAUAAGAGAACUUGUAUUGUGUCAUUUCAGAUUGUAGGCUGAGAGUUGUAAAUAGUGAAAAUUUGAGUACUUCUGUUAUUUGUUUUGGUUAGAAAGUGAAUUUAAAAAACAAACCAAACUCUAAACUUUUCUCAGAUUAAAAGUCCUGAGACCUGAAGAUUGUAAUAUUCAUGUCUGUGAAGCUUUUAAACAUUACACUUGAGAUCAGUCAUGACUUGAUAUUCAGGUAAAUUUUCUUUUCCAAGAAGCUUUUGAAUAAGCAUAUUUCCUCCAAAGGUCGGUCGGUCUCUCUCUCUCUCGUUUUACCUUUUUUGAGUGUAGAUUAUUUUAAAGCACUAAUUGCAUUACAUUGGUAACUGCAAUAUAAAAUAGCCAUUAUUGUUUUGUGAAGCAUGGUUGAAAUUAGAUAGUGGUCCCUUUUAAAUUUCAUGAGCCUCUCAAAAAAAAAAAAAUUUAAAAAAAUACAGAAAGCUGCUGAAUAUUUCAAAAGAUAUAUAUUUUACCUUAUUGUAGGUUUUGUAAAGUUAGUUUGUAAUAUUCAGGUGCACUUUUAAUGUUCAAUUUUGUGUUCAGAGUUCCAUUAUACCAUGUAUUUCUCGGAGGUGGCUCAUCACAUGGCUGGCUGUCAGUUUUGGUGCCGCAGUGAUCCCUUAAUAUUUGAUUUCUCUCUUGAUUUGCCACUAUUCUGUAUUGGCACUUUCAGUGUAGAUAUUCUAGUUUGGGGACGUCCUCAUAAAUGUGUAACAGAGAUUGGUCUAUUCGCAUGCUUAAUUUCUGCUACUCAGAGUUUUGCAUGGCCUGAACAACAGUUGACCAUUUUUGUGGUAUGGGAAAGUAUAGUUCACAACUGUCUUUGUCACAAAAGCCUUUCUCCUUGCAUUUUCCAGUAGGCAGAUGAUGACAUUACUCAAACUAUAUGAUAUUAGUCUCCUAACUAAUGUUAGGAGAUAAUGUAUUUAAAGUCAAUUCUUUCAUUUUUUAUGAGAAAACAUUGAUAUUAUAGAGUAGAUAAGCUAUGGCACUAUAAAAGUCAAGAACACAAUAAUUCUGUGGAAGGAUAUCUAGUUGGUAUUUUUAUCAUUAGCUUUCUCAUUUUUGAGACAGGAGAGUCAUCAAGCUUGACAACAAUGUAAUGUAUUAUAUUACUUUGUUCAUUAGGCUUACAAGUGACUCUGAACUAUGUUUGUGAUGAGCUAUACACUUUUUCUGUUCCCCAAAUACCGUGAAGGACAAGGUCUCUCUUUCAGGAAAAAUAAUUUAUAUUUGUGUAUAAUAGUUUUUAAUAUUAAGUUUGUUGUUAUUCCGAGGUUUAGAUGUUGCUUGAUAAACCUUUGCUGCAGCAGAUCAUGAAUAUGAGUAAGGCUUUGUGUGAUAAUAGGGGUCCUUAUGUGAAGUUAAUUACUGUUCAGUUCUGGUGAGCAAGCUCAACAAGUGUGAAGUGUGUAUUAGCUUUAUUUGGUACACUUUUACUUUACAAUAUUGAAGUGCUUUUAGAACUCUAGUUAUCUUAUAUAAACCAUUACCUCAACCAAUUGGCAUUUCCAUUCCCCAACAUUUUACCUGAGCUAUAUGGCAUCAGAUAGUAAAACAAUAAGGCACAAUGAGAAGUUUAGUUCCCAAUUUUCUGGAGAGAACUCUAAAUUAGGCUAAAAAUGACUACCUGCAAAGGCCCAUAUCAUAACUACCUUCUGUCAUUAGGCAGUACGCAGCAACCUUUGAGCUGCUAGUGAGCUGUCUGUGUGUUCUCCCCCUGUCCCAAGUAAGCACAUGGUGCGAGGCCUGGUUCUAACCGUUUGUGAUUCUCUUACGUUUCAUUGACCCAUAAUCUGAUCCAUGAUAGUGAAGCUUGGAUUCAGUUAAUUAUUUUUAUAAAACAAAUAAAUGAGUCAACCCAAUGUCAGAACCUGAAAUUAUCUUGAGUAGUUACAGCAGACAUAUGACAGUUCAGUGUCAUUUUCUUUAAGAGCUGUUAUCCCUGUAGAUUUAAUUUUGAAACCACAGAUUUUUGCUUUUGUAAUUUUAUUUCUUUAACUAAAUGCCAGAGGUUGUUUUCAUAUGAACCACCCUUAUCUAUAUAUUCAGGUUGCUGUCAUUGGUGAUAGAAUAUGGCAAUAUACUGAAUUGCUCCGCUUAAUCUUUUAUGGGAGACAUUAUAGGAGACAUUGAAGUUAUAAAUUUUUACUUUCAUGAAGAUAUCAAAGAUUGUUUUCCUUGCUACCUUUCCAUUAUAAUUAGAUCUUCAUUAAUACUAUGGUCAGGCCAGUAUUAUUAAAAACUUAACGGCUUUAGCCAAACAGCGCAGUUAGGAGACUAUUAAGUUAUAUAGGAAUUUUUUUAAAGAUCUGAUUGCUUUCAAACUCUGCUGAAAAGGAAACAAGUGUAAUUGUGGUGCAAAGAAUGCAGACCUCCAAAGUCUUCUUAGUUUUUCUGGAUUCAUUCUGUCCCUGAGACUUGAGUAGGAUUUGUGAACAUGGUGACUGAAGGGAAAAUAGAGGAAAUUCUUUGCAUAUCCUCUGUCUCUUAUUCCCAGAUAAACUCACAGUUGUCUUUUAAAGAAGCAGACGUUAGCCCUGUAGCUGUGUGCCCUAAGUGUUAUGAAGAAGAUUGGGGAGAGAAGUGGGAAGUAGUAUGGGGAAAGUAUGUAGACUUGAGAAAAGGCUAAAAAUUCUGUCCUACUAUACUAAAAAUGAGUCACAGGAUAGAUAACGUGGUUAAAGUUGGGCCAUCUUUAUUUGAUAGUGAGAAAAAUCUUUUAGAUUGAAAAUGAGAAUCAAGGCUAAUUAAUGUUGACUGGUCAAAAAAAUAAAACAUGAGUUAAUUCUGCAACUGUUUGGGGGGUAAUUUUAAGGUUUCCGGUUCAUUUAGAGCUGUAUCAAUAAAAGCCGAAAAGCAAGCACUUUUAGUUAAUCAUAGAUUUAUUGGAUGUAGCAAAUAUAAUCAUAAUUAUACAUCUUUAUUGUUUGAAUAUGGAAAUGAACUCUUUACGCCAUCUUGAACUGUCAUUGAACAGGCUCAAGAUGAUCUUUUCAACACUGGAAAUGACCCUACACACAUACCAAAAAAAUCUAAAGCAGUAAGACAUAUUUGAAGAUCCAUACCUCUUAGACUUUUUAGAUUUGUCUUGGAAAAGAAUUUAUGAACCUGUAACCAGUAUUAGUGCAGUCUUGGGUUCCUUGUUCUGCAUAAUUGCACCCUUUCUCAGGUAUGUCCUGAAAACAUAAAUUUUAAAAUAAUCUCUUUAGAGAUUAGAUUCUCAGUGGAUAGUGUGUAAGGGGACUGGGG